CAUAUACUUCACAUUCCUUAUUUUAUCAGAAGAAUUCUGAAAACACUCCAAUGUUAAGUUUGUAACUAUGUAUUUUUGGUAGGCAGUAGUUGUUUGUGUUUUAUGUUUGUUGGUCUGUUCUUGUAGUAAUUGCAUAUAAGGCACCAAAUAACUUUUAACUGUUAAAGGCAAGGAGGCUGUAGAGCACCACAAGGCAAAGAAAGAAAAAAUGCCGACACCCACCGCCAGUACUCCAACCACCAAGGCAGAGCUGUUCAGCAUGAUGCCUGCUGACCUGGCCCGUAGGCAGUUGCGGGAACAGUCUGCCCGCCUUCGACCUCUCAGACCAAACCUUGCUCACGCAAAGUUUUCCCCCAGGAAGGAAAUGAGCGAUGAUGUGCUUGUGUGGGAGGUUGAACAGAUGGAGGCAGCAAGAAAAGGUACACCAGUGAGGAGCUUCAGAAUUUCCUGUCUGAGUGCACUCUUCUGGAUCCACGUUUCAAGACCACUUACUUGACACCAGAGGCUAUGGAGAACACCUACCAUCGUUGGCGCUGUUGUUACAAUCUGGGGAUGGAAAGGUAGGGGUUACAAAGCUACAAAACAAAACAUACUGCAUUACUGCUUCUGCUAUUACUAUUUCGCAUGAUAAAUAGUGAAAAUAAUAAUGCCGGAUUAAUGAUAAUAUUGAUUAUAAUAUUAGAACACAUUUUAUAAAGGGAAGUCAGUAUUAAGUAAAGUGA